CGCAUUUUCCGAAGCAAGUAAAGCAUUAAAAAAAAGUCUGUAAAAUGCAAACUUGUACUCCAUCCAUCCAUGCCAGUUCUAGAGCCCAAUAAGUCCAAACUUCCCAUUACCACCAGAGAAUGAUUUUCCGCGUCAAGCUUUCUUCCAUCCCAUCAGCAUAAAUUUCAGCUUAGUUCCCUCUACAAUUUCUCUUCUUCUUAAUAUUUUCCUUUUCAAAAAGGGUUGCAGAGAGAUCAUAAUGUCUGUAUUAGCUGCGAAUUCUCAUAUUUUGUACAGGGAAGUCUACCACCGAGACCAACAACAGCAAUUCUUAUCAAGCAGUGGGAGCUUUUCGUUUCCGCAAAGAAGUUCCGGGCAUUGGGUUGAUCGUAGAAACAGAGACUGCAAGAAGAUAUUGAGAAGAGACAUAAGAGUGGACGCUUUUUGGUCAGAUUUGUCAAGACCCACUACGGUCGAGAUGGAACCCAUCAAUGAUUGUGAUCAUCUUGAUCAGAUUCUACUCCAUGCAAAACAGCUCUCCCAACCCAUUCUCAUCGACUGGAUGGCUGCUUGGUGCCGCAAAUGCAUAUACUUGAAGCCUAAAUUGGAGAAACUGGCUGCCGAGUAUGACACCAAGAUCACAUUUUAUUACGUCGAUGUCAAUAAAGUACCUCAAGCUCUAGUGAAGCGUGGAAACAUCUCUCUAGCCCUUGCUUGCACGAUUUUAAUAAUGGUUUCUUGUGUUCUCUUUCCUCAGAAGAUGCCAACACUUCAGCUAUGGAAAGAUGGAGAGAUGAAAGAAGAAGUAAUCGGAGGGCAUAAGGCGUGGCUUGUGGUUGAUGAAGUGAGAGAAAUGAUCCAAAAGUAUUUCUAAUAUUGUUGUUCUAUUGACAAUCAAUCUCUCCCUCUCUCCAAAUUCUUGUAUACAGUCUUCCUUUUUUUUUUUUUUUUCCUGCCCUUGUCAUGUAUUGCAUUGCAUACAUGAUCAUAUAGAGUACUACACUAAUAUUUCAUUCCAUCUUGUCUGUAACGGGUGCUUAAUUUUGAGGGAAGAUAUCUAUUUUAUUUAUUUUUUUUACCCUCUAUUCGCAGCAGCAUACCAUUUUUAUGGAACAUUUUGCUGCUUUCAGAUUUGGUAUGUGUAAGGAAAAAAGUUCAUAAUUAAGGCUGUGGAUGUAAUUUUUCAAUA